AUGGACAACUUACCACGAAUCGGCUCACUGGGCCCUCCCCAGAACACUAAUCUGCCUUGGGUUCAGUGGACAGAGAUUAACGCCGUAAAUGACAACGCCCGCAACAGAAACAUAGCUUGGAAGAUAUAUCUCGUAUAUCUUCGUGAAGGCUCAUCCUGGGAAGCUAGAAGCCACCAAGAAAUACGGCAUUAUUUCCUCGUCGCACGUGCCUAUCGCCAAGCGCGAGGUGCAUGGAGUAGUCCCAGCCCGACCCAACUCUGGCGGUCCGCAAAUUUAUGCGAGGAGAACUGGACUGUGGCUCUAGGCCACUUUCUCAUAGCACAAUAUCCCACACAUGAACGACUCUUGUUCUGGGCUUCUAACCGCCGAGUCUACCCAGCAGUCCAUGAGGGCGUGCUUAGGCCCAGGACGGAUGAGACGAUAAACAGGACGAGUGGGCCUGGUCCUCGGACGGCCGAUGGCACAGAUAACCUUGUCUCGUUAGGUGUGGAAUCAUACUACUCAAGGAUUCCACCUAUAGUUGCCCAGUUUGAGGUUUCAGAGAAUGCCUCCCAGCCCCUAGCACUUGAAAGGGGCUUACGGGAAUCAGAGAGCGGAAGUCUGUCUGAUGGCAUCUCGCCUGAAGGAAACUCGGCAAAUACAACGGCACCAGGGCCAUCACCAGGUCUGGAGCUAGAGCUUGAAGCAGACCCAGAAGUAGAGCUAGAAGAUGAUGAACACCGGCCGUUGGUAGCAAUACGAUACUCUGGACAACAUGGCAUAUCUAGUCGGAAUGGGCGCCGAUCGCCAUCAUAUCACACAGCAUACUCACCAGCCUCAGUUCUCAACAACGCUUUAAGAGGCUUAGAGUCUGAAUUCGAAGAAUAUGAUAGCAAGGCAGCCAUUAGUCCCCGCCCGCCCACCCCGCGACUAUCUCAUCAUGAGUCUCAACCUGUGGACAUGGACGGUGAAUUUACUAGACAUCCUGAUGUCCAGUUUCGCCAAAAGAUUUCAGAACUGAUCCACACGGUUAAAGGCGAUGUUGACAAGCUGUCACAUGAGAUAUUCGUGCACAGGCGAGCAGCAGCAAAUCGACGAGCAGACAUCCGAGGCGAUGUAGCAGACAUCCGAAACGAUGCAGCAGAGUUGAGGGGAAAUUUUAACAAUUUUAGGACCAAGACCCUAAAUACCCUCGAAGGUAUUACGAAAAGAGUUACCUUGGUCGAGCAAUUAGCUGCUGGCCUUUGUCAGAACCAAAUCGCCGGUUCCAUGAACAGCCUCGACGAGGGCAAUAAUGGCGAUACUUCUCCAAUCCCGAGCCACGCAGAGAUGUAUACUAUGAUAUCGGGCAUUAAAGAAAAGAUUGCGACAUUGCUGGUCGUAGCCAGAGCGCCUGAUCCGAGAGUGGCACAAAUCCAGCGAUCUCUCAACACCACCCAGGGGUACUUUGAACAGUGCUUACGGGAGAUGGAGAAGGAUAUCUGGGAUUUAAAAAGGAAGCACGAGGCAGACACGCUCACUAUCGAUGAUCUGAAGCGGCAAAUAACAACACAGCUUCAGAUUAACGCAACAAUGAUGGAGACACUGCAUUCCAUGGAGAAACGAGUGGGCCAGCAGCUGCGUGCCUUAAACGCUAGGCUCGAGAUGCGACAGGGCGAAUAA